UUCUUCUUCCUUCUUCCCUUACCUCUCCCCUGCUCUUCCUCUUCCCCGAAAUUGUGAGAUUUCUAAAUAACUUGAUGCAAACUACCGUUGCAGCAUUCUGUAGCUUUCCAGUUUGAUUAAGCACCAGAUUUCAUCAUCCCAGGAUGGCGAUUGUGCAUGCGAGUUGGCAGGGAUGAGAACAGAGCUGAAGGCCAUCAAACUGAGGAAGGUUUCCCCCAGUUUCUGCCAUCAUCUCCAUGCCUCACUUGCUUGUGCUAUCAACACCCUAACUGUGGAGAGUUUCAGCUGCUCUUCAAACACCAAUCAGUGUGUUUUGUUUUACUUGGCAUUUCACUGUAGACCAUACAUGUCUGUGGGCACCCUGAGAGACCAGGUGAUUUACCCAGAUACAGCCAAGGACAUGGGACGGAAAGGACAUACCGAUUCUGACCUGGAGCGGAUCCUGGACAUCGUCAACCUCAAUUAUAUUGUACAGCGUGAAGGAGGUUGGGAAGCUAUCAGCGAUUGGAAGGAUGUACUUUCAGGUGGCGAGAAACAGAGAAUGGGGAUGGCCCGGAUGUUCUAUCACAGGCCAAAGUACGCUCUCCUGGAUGAAUGCACCAGUGCCGUCAGUAUUGAUGUAGAAGGCAAGAUCUUCCAAGCAGCAAAGGAUGCAGGAAUAGCGUUGCUGUCCAUCACACACCGACCUUCGUUAUGGAAGUACCAUACCCACCUCCUCCAGUUUGACGGGGAGGGUGGCUGGCGGUUUGAGAAGCUGGACCCUGAAGCCCGCCUCACCCUGCGGGAGGAGAAGCAGCGCCUGGAGCAGCAGCUGGCUGGGGUCCCUGAAAUGCAGCAACGUCUCAGUGAACUCUGUCAGAUAUUAGGUGAAGAUGCACCCUCUCCAGUGGGAUAGGUUGGUGAUUCUGGGUGCCUUCCAAUCUCCCUUCCCUGCUGGCUUGAUGAGAAGGAUCCUAACCGCGACACUCUCGCCUCUGGAGCUGCACAAGAUGGCCAGUUUUUGUCCCAGCCACCCAAGAAGCAGUUGAGGAUACCCUGCAGGGGGGGCAUUACUUAUUUCUGGCACUUAUUAAUUUAUUCUUCUGCUUCAGUUUAGGGCUGGGGGGAGAAAGGGGUUGCCCCACACUGCCAAUAUCUCUGAAGCCAGCCCUUUCCAUCCCCCACACGCACAUGGUGCCUCAAUACCCCCUAGAUAAUACAAGUUCUUCACUAGUGGGAAUUGCACAGCUCCACUGCCAGUCUCGAGCCUCUGUACCCACGGACUUUGGGGAGUAACGUCUCAGCUGCUGCCCCCCUCACCAACACAGAAACUUCAGACCAAACCAAUCACAGCCUUUCUUCGCCGAAACAUAAGAGCACGCGUGAAAACUGUGAAAGGAGCUCUUGCACAGCCUCUUUCUUUGCACAGCUAGGCUGCAACAUUUGGCUCCGCUGGCAGAUUUCUGGUACCCAAAUUGAGGGAUGUCUGCUCCUCCUUUAAAAACAUCCCUGGAGCAAAGCAGAAAGUUACGAGAUUUACGUUCUGUUAGGCUGGAUAUGUUCUAUGAAAUGCACAUAUUUUUCAGGCACCUACCCAUUGUCUCAUUAGGAAACGCUUUGUGAUAUAGGGCAAGUUGCCUAAGGAGGUCCUGGAUCCAUGAGGCCCGUCUUCUGAAGCUACCUUGGGGUUAGGUGUCUCUCGUUCAGAGCCUGCUCAGACGGUGCCAGGGUUCACCACCUGGGUACUCGUAUCGAUGAUUCAAACCGUGUUGCCGACAGCACAUCCUUGUAACCUCUGGGAUCUCGCCACCGCAUUCAAAGGAUGCUCAGUAAACGCAGACCUGGGAAAGCCUUCUGGAAACUGGGAAGAAAACCACUGUUUGGGAUUUACUUUAAUGUUGUGAUCUUGCAGGAUCAGAUUUUGCAGCUUAGGCUAUCCAGCCAUUCCCAAGGCUUUGUCUACAUGCCUUCUGAUAUGCAGAAGGCCUUCACUAUGGGGAGGAAAUGACCCUUAAUUGAGGGAGCUGUAUUUCAGUAUCACUCACCGAUGGCAUUGGGUCUGUCAGAGUGGAAUUUCCUAGAGAGACUGCACCAGAAUUUCCUAGAAAUAUUUCUUUUGUAAGUACUCAUUUGAUUUAGACUUCUCCGACAUUCUCAUUUUCUGUAUUUAAAUGAGUUGGGUUCCCAAUUCAUUUAAUCCCUUUCCUGAAGCAGGAUACAUAACGGCGUAUUUAUUUGCAAACUGUAGAGCUUUCCCAAUUUAUUUGCAUUGGAAUAAGAUCCGAGCCAGUCUUGAUUGAGGAUAGAGCAUAUCGUAGCUCCUGUCUCAGCUACUGUGUGCGUAUUAUUUUAUCCUGUCACUUUAACUUGUAAGAUUUGUAGAGGGGCUACACUAGAUAGGAAAAGAAUAAGUGGGUCCCCUUUUAUGAGAUCUACAUUAGAUUAUUAUUCUUACUAUUGUUAUGGUAUUGUUGGUCUGCCUCCCCCCCCACCCUAAGAAAAAAACCCAAAUCAUGAGGGUGGUGAGAAUUCCUACUGUCAUGGUUUAAAGUACUGAUAUCAACUUUCUCCCUAUGAAAUGAAAGACCAACAAACUAUUAUUAAUGUUAGCUCCAAGGCCCACCCAACACUUCCUUUUAGUGGGAAUUUCAUUAAACCUGAUAUCAAUCUUACAGACUGUCCUGGACCCACAAUUCCUUUGUUUUCCAGAAUUUUGAGCCGCUCGGACCCCACUCAUAACAUCCUCCCAUGUAUCCACAUUUGGUUGAAUCUGCCUGUGUAGAGUAAUGAGGCACUUUGUGGGAUUAAAAAAACAAAACAAAACUGGACAGGUUUCGAUAUUUGCAAGUGGCGGUAUUCUUAGGGGGGAAAAAACUCCCUCACUUCUCCCUCCUAAUUAAACGAAACAAAAAAAAAACAGCACAACAAGGAAAAAAGCUUGAAGAACCUUUUCUCCCACCCCUGCCCCUUGAGGAGAUGUUGGAUUUCUGCGAUUGCUCGGAAGCCCAGCUCCUAUCUCCACCGUCCAUGCCUGUUGUUUGAAGAAAGACUGCUUACUUGGCCACAUUCAGCUGAAUGAGCAGAUGCAACCUUUUAGUUCCGCCUUUCUAUCUUGAAGAAACAAGAAAGUCACAAUCCCACAGUUGCUGCUUCCUGCAGGCCCCAAGAGAGACUCUUGGUAGUGCCCUGCUGCUCUCUGUCGGCUCCUUUACUCCCACGAUAACGUGUGCUAUUUGCUACCACUGACCCACCUUCGUUUAUGACCCUAUCGUUAUAUUUUCCAGCUGUCCCAAGACUUUCAUAGGGAGGUUUUGGUUAGCAUCGAACUACUACUUGUCUCGUGCCCUCUAGAACAGAUCUUUAAUUCAGAUUGUACUAAGCCAAGAUGGGAUGGGUUGAUUUGUGAUGUAGUGCAAUAUUGUGAUUUGUGUGUGGGGGGGCGGGGGAACAUGGUUCUCGGCUUGGCGUGAAUUCAUCCAGCUAUCUUAAUUCAACAAAACAUGAUUUUGAAUGAGAGUGUAGAAUGAUGCGUGAAACCUGUCAGUAUGUAGGUAUAUAAGAGCAGAUUGGAUAUUGGAGGGAGGUUCCAGAUGUUGAGAAACUUGAUGAAGGAAAUCCAUCCUCGUCUUUUCCCUCCCCUCCUUUAUUGCAUUGUGUAAGUGAGUCGUUUUAUUUACUGUGUGUCCGCAUUUUGUAAAGUACUUUGAAAUAGCAUUAUCAGAUUCUAUUAUGGGCCAUUUUAUGAGCCUGGUAUGUUCUGCCUACUCUUCUAGAAAGCAAGGAAGCAGAACUGUUUUAUUGCUUACGGGGAGGGGGAGAGAACAGCAAAAGCCAAAGAGUGUGCCACAUUGAGAUUGCGUGUCUGUCAAAUGUAAAAUUCUCACUGCAGCACAUAGCUAUUUUCCAUCUAUUAGCUUUGAUGUCAAAAUCAUGUAAACUAUGCAACAAAGAUUUUCUUGGUAGUUUUGGACAGGCGGGAUUACCCAUUCCAGUCUUUCUUCUGUCCUCACAGUGCCUUUGAUGCUGGCAAAGCCAGGUUUAUUCAGAUGAUGUUAAUAAAUACGAUGAAACACAAA